AUGCUGUCGAGCGCGUCCCUGGGGCCGCUCGGGGACCCGCGCGUGCUGCUCGCCGCUGGCGUGGAUCGCCCUCCGAGGAGGCUGUCGAGCGCGUCCCUGGGGCCGCUCGGGGACGCGGCGGGGGACCCGCGCGCGCUGCUCGCCGCUGGCGUGUGCCGCCCUCCGAGGAGGCCGUCGAGCGCGUCCCUGGGGCCGCUCGGGGACGCGGCGGGGGACUGCCGCGUGCUGCUCGUCGGUGUGGGCCUCCCUGCGAGGAUGCUGUCCAGCGCGUCCACGGGGCCGCUCGGGGACGCGGCGGGGGACCCUCCCCUGUUGCUCGGCGCCACGACCUCGAAGUAG